AUGAGACCCUUCGACCAGACCUGCCGAAACCGUGCAACCAGCGAGGACUAUGAAGCAAAGAUGGCGAAGGCCGAAGAGUCGUGCUGGUAUCCGACUUUCCCGACUUUUCCCGUCGAUUUGGGCCCGGACCCGAGCUCCCGUGCCUAUAUAAAGGACCCACUAGUCGUCCUAUACCUAUCCUCUCAAGUCCCUUCUUCCGCCGCCGCCGGAAUCGCUCUCCCCACGCUCUCCUUCUCUCUCCAAGCGCCGGCGCCGCUCCAGCCGCACCGUUCGUCGUCGUCUGUCGUCGCUUUCGGUCGCCGCUGCCGCCGUUGGAUUCGCAAGAAGGAGAGGAAGACCGGCCUCCACUUCCCCGAAGACGAAGACCUCUGGAAGUACCUCGCCGACAAGAAUCCAAGCUUCGCCGCCUCCGGCCGCCGCUGCAGCAGCCGUGCGCCGUCUCCUAGGCCGUCGCCCUCCUGCGCCGCCACCUCCAUCGGCUCCGCAAGGUCGAGCUCUACCCCGUCUACCGGUUCCCCUCCGCCAAGUCUCGCUGGAAGUCGCUGUCACCGUGAAGGCCGAGUUUGCCGCCUCGGUUUGAUCUCCGGCCGAGCCUCCUCGCUGUUGCGGUCGUCGCCGGUUCACCCCGAGGCCGUCGUCGGCAUCGCAGCACCAAGCCGAAGGCCGUCCACCCCUCCGUUGUCGCCGAAGGUCGCCAAAAACACCGUCGCCACCAUGGAUAGUAUCUCGCCGCCGUCCCGAUCUCGUCGCCGGCCAUCUUCUGUCACUGUUCGUCGCUGCGUAAGUGUUGCUUGUCGUUUCCGCCGUUGCAAAGGUUCGCGUGUGCAUCGGAAGUAUUCCAGAAGACUUAUUAAAGACCGAUUAUUGCUAGGCAAGUCACACAGAUCCCAAACACAAUUCCUUUGAGCAUGUUGAUCCUAUAUUUAAAGUCUCUAUUUAUUUCAACUGUGCAUUUAUUUUCGAAUGUCACCGGGUGGUGUGAACUUAU